AUGUCAUUCUCCACUUUGCUUGCGGACGGGGAGUGGAAGUUCGUCAAAGAAGAUUACGAAAACGCGAUAAAAAGCUUCACGGCGGCGCUUGCUUUAAGUCCUGACGAGAAGAACUGCCUCGUUUCUCGAGCCAAAUGUUACAUGAAGUUGGGACAGCUUGGAAAUGCUUUAAAAGAUGCUGAAACUUCUCUUAAAGAUGACGAGACCUUUUGUGAGGGGCUGUACCUGAAGGCAGAGGCUUUGUUCCUCAUGGGGGAGUUUGAAUUCGCCUUGGUGUUUUACAGCAGAGGAUUCAACAUCCGUCCACGCAGGUUCAGGCUCGGUUUGCAGAAAUCACAGGAGGCGAUCGAGAACUCCAUCGGCUGUCCUUCCACUGUGGAGCUGGAGAUUAAAGGAGACCUUUCAUUUCUCCAAAAAGAAGAAGAGAGAGUACAUCCGAUCACCGUUGUUCAGGAUCAGAUGAACGAGAAAAGACGUGACGCCCCAAAGACCUACAAGAAUGAGAAGACCACCAAACAGCUUCUGGGAAAGUUUUACAGCGACAAGAAAUUUCUAGAAGACCUGAUGAAAGAUGAAGACUUGGCUAAAGGUGUGACAACGCGUGGGGAACGAGUGCAGGACAUCAUCGAGGGCUGCAUCACGUCGUUUGAGAAACACACUGAGCUCUGGAGUCAGGAGAAACCAGUUUCCCUUCGAAAACAGAAACCUUCAGCGAGUUCAGCAGAAAUGUGUACGUCUUCUGAACCGGCUCAAUUUAUGCUGAAAAGCCUCGAUGAUACAGAAGCAGCCACAGAGAGGACGUCAGCCGAUGAGGAAAACCUUCUGGAGAAAGCAGAACAAACAUAGUUUUCAUUGAUUUGUGUUGAUCCUGCCCUGAAAUUUAUUUAUGUCUUGAUUUUAAACUGUUAUUUUUGACAAAAGUUACAUUUGUACUGUGAAUAUUU